AUGCCCGAUCGACGUGGUAAAUCAGAGAAAAGAAGACAAACUAGAGAACAGAAUAAGCAUAAUUCCGAACGAAAAGAAAGAAAUAACGAUGAUCGAAUAAAUUCAAUCGAUUGGUCACUCAUAGAUUAUGAUGAUGAGAAUGACUUUGAUGAGUGCCUUUCUGAUGAUUAUGGAAUAUCAAAUAAAUCUACAACAAGUAAAAGUCAACGUACUAUUACCAUUCGGAAUUAUCAACACAAUAUCACAACAAAAUCAUCUGUAGAGACAAAGACUAGUAAAUAUACUGAUGAACAUUGUUUCCAUGAUCGUCAACCACCUAGUCGAAUCUUUAAUAUCUUUCCUAAUAUGAAAUCCAAAAUUGAAGUAAUGAAACUUUUGAAAGGAAUUCAAGAUGAAGAAGAACGUUAUUGUCAGCCAAAAGACGAAUAUGGAAAUAGAACAACAACGAAAAUACUGAAUCCAUUUCCUCGGGAACCUAUUAUUGAACAUUUUAAACGAGUGGAUUAUGCGAAUUUUGAUACAAAAGAUGGAAAACAAAUACUAAAAUACUUAGAAAAACCAAUUUUAAGAACAUUCCAAUAUGGUGUUUUACUGUUCAAUUCAGAAAAACAAAUCUUCGUUGUUCAAAAUCAUGAUGGCAUUUGGAAUGCUCCAAUGAGUUAUCGAAAAAUUAAUCAAAAUUUUCAGUUGGAAACAAUUAACGAAACCGUUUCUCGUGCAUUCAAUAAACAAAUCUGUGCUAAACAUCAACUAACCGACGAAAUAUUUGAAUUUUAUGAUCUACAAGAUCAACAACAUUUGAAUUCACAUAAAUAUAUUGAAAAUGAUCAAACUGAACUGAUUGGAUUAUUUAUCAGUGAAUUUGAUGAUCCUAUCAUUGAAUUUGAAUUACGUGAUACAUAUGUAAAUCAAGCAUGUCAAUGGAUCUCAAUAGAUGAUGUUAUCAAACAUGUGCCGGAAAAUCAACUUGAUAUAUAUGGCACUCUUCGAUCAUUUGUAGAACAUAUUCAACGUGAUACAGAUUUGAAUAAAACAAAUUCGAACAAUGAUGUAAGCGCUACUAUUACUACUUUGAAUAUAAAUACAGCUCCACUAAAAAGAUUUUUAUCAAUUCGUGAUGCAAUUUUUGAUCGUGCUCAACAAUGUCUUCAAUUCGAAAAUGAAUAUAAUCAAGCUUUGGAUGAAAAUCUCUCUGGUACAUUACUUAAUAAUUAUGCACCUAAAAUUCUCGGAUCAUCCAAUUUUAAGUUACAUGUUCAUGAAGAUCAUCUAAACAUCUAUCAAUAUGAAAAAUGUAUCUUAGAAAAACUUCAAAUUCCAUAUUACAAUCAACCAAAACUAAAUUCAAUGUUUCCACAUCGGAUACAUAAUGGAGUUAUUCCUCAAGCAAGAAAGACUUCUAUUCUACCUAUUCUAAUCAUGGCUCAACGUUUUAAAAUUGAUAUUCAUAAAUAUGAUAUCAUAUGUGAAAGAAAUUCAUUGAGAAAUAUUGCUAUGAAUGAAAACCCAUAUGUAAUGGGUGUGAAAAAAAUUGGUAAAACAUUAUUUCUUAGACGCCAUGAUAAACGAUUUGUAGAUAAAAAUCAAGCUGGAUAUCGAUUUGAACAGAUGUGCAUACGUGGAUACAAUAGUAGUACUUGUUUUAAACAAUUAGUUGAAGGAAAUAUUGGUACUUUUAAAACAUUAAUAACUGCAGAAACUGAUGCAAUUGAUGAACAAACUCACCAAGCAAUCGAACUGAAAAGUCGAUAUAAUACUAUUGAUAUUUAUGAUCAAGAAGAUAGCUGGUUACAAACAUUUCUCAGUGAUACAAAGACAAUCAUUGUUGGUAAACGUACAAGUGAAGAACCGCCGCGACUUGUGAAUCUUCAUGAAUAUAAUGUUUCAAGUAUUAGUGAUGAUACAGUUAAAAACAAAAUUCUUCUACAUCUCUAUCGAGUAUUAGAUUUUCUUCAGCAAAAUGUUAAACAAGAUGGAAUUUAUUUACUUUCUCGUCAUUAUGAUCCAAAUCUUGAGAAUCAUAAUUUAUAUCUUUAUAAAGUAGCUGAACAAGAUGAACAAGAAUUGACAUUUAUUACACAACAGAUACUUGCUCAAUUAGGUUUCAGAUUUUAG